AUGGAUGCUCCUUCUUGGGCGGCAUACGGCCUUGCCGCUGCCUUCCUCCUCCUUCUCCUCCUCUCCGGCCACCGCCGCCGCCGCCCACUUAAGCUACCGCCUGGUCCAAAACCUUGGCCCGUCAUCGGAAACCUCAAUCUCAUUUUCCCACUCCCUCACCGCUCGAUCCACGAGCUCUCUCGGAUAUACGGGCCCAUCAUGAAGCUCCAGGUCGGGUCCCGCGGCAUGGUCGUGUGCUCUUCCGCCGACAUGGCCAAAGCCUUUCUCAAGACCCACGAUGCUGUCUUUGCCUACCGGCCCAAAAUCGCCGCGGCCAAGUACAUGGCUUACAAUUGCUCCGGCAUGGCAUGGUCGCCCUGUGGACCUUAUUUUCAACAGGCCCGUAGAAUCUUCCUAGCAGAAUUAUUUAGUGCCGCAAGGCAACAAUCGUUCGAAUACAUAAGAGUGGAGGAGAUGAGGAUGCUUACGAGAAAUUUGUUCGAGGCGAAGGGGCAGCCAAUAAAUGUGAAAGACCACCUUUCGAAUCUUAAUCUCAAUGUGGUUUGUCGUAUGGUCCUGGGGAAGAAGUACGCAGACAAGUCCAAGAGCUCCAAUGUUAUGUCGGCUGAGGAGUUCAGGAAGAUGGUUGAUGAGUUGUUCUUCCUCAUGGGGACUCUAAAUUUGGGCGAUUUCAUACCUUUGCUGGAUUUUCUUGACUUGCAGGGUUACAUAAAGAGAAUGAAGGCCGUGAACAAGAAGUUUGAUAUGUUCUUGGAGCAUGUUUUGGGUGAACACGAGGCUAGGAGAGUCGGAGUCAAGGGUUACGAGGCCAAGGACAUGGUGGAUGUGUUAUUGCAACAUGUGGACGAUCCUAAUCUUGAGGUGAAGAUUGAAAGACAUGGGGUCAAGGCCUUAAUCCUGGAGUUGAUAGCCGGUGGAACAGAGAGCUCGACUGUGUCGGUGGAGUGGAUAAUGUGCGAACUCCUAAAGAACCCUCGGAUACUUGACAAGGCAACAAGAGAGCUCGACAACGUUAUUGGAAGGGAGAGAUGGGUCCAAGAAGCCGACGUUGCGAGCUUGCCUUACUUGGAUGCCGUUAUCAAAGAAACGAUGAGAUUGCACCCGGUGGGGGCAUUUAUCGGGCAUCACUUUGCAAGCCAAGACUGCCGGGUCAAUGGAUACGACGUUCCCAAGGACACCAUUGUCCUAGUGAGUAAAUGGAGCAUCGGGAGAGACCCCAAAUUGUGGGACGACCCCGAAAAUUUCAUUCCUGAGAGGUUCAUCGGAAAGGCGAUCGACGUGAAGGGACAAAGCUUCGAGCUCUUGCCGUUCGGGUCCGGUAGGAGAAUGUGCCCGGCUUACAAUCUGGGACUGAGAAUGAUUCAGACGAGUCUGGCCAAUCUCGUACAUGGGUUCACAUGGAAAUUACCCGAGGGUAUGACAAGGGAGGACCUGAGCAUGGAAGAGGUUCUUGGGCUAUCCACGCCCAAGAAAAUCCCACUGAUCGCAGUUGCUGAGCCAAGGCUGCCACUUCAUCUCUACUGAAUCUCUGUACCAUCUCACGUUUCGUGUAUUAUGGUCUCUGUGUUUCGCCUUUUAGGUUUAAUAACAUUGUGGGCAGCAAAAUCAAAAGCCUGUUUAAAUUACUUUCAUGCUUCUUGUAUUGU